GCCCAUGCUGAAAAAGAAAAAAACUACUGGGACUCUGUACUCUGAAGAUAAAUGUUUUUGGAACUGAUGGCAUUGCAAAGGUGAGGAGUACAAAGAAAAAUGUAUGGUGCCUAUAGUGAAACAUGGUGGUGACAGUGUCCUUCUGUGUGGCUGCAUGAGUGCUGCUGGUAUCGUGGAGCUGCAUUUUAUUGAUGGCAUCAUGAAUUCACAGAUGUACUGCUCUGUAUUGAAAGAGAAGUUUUCCAACAUGACAAUGAUCCAAAACAUACAUCUAAAACCACAGUUGUAUCUCUGA